AUGAGCUAUUACGGCAGCAGCUAUCAUAUUGUCAAUGUGGAUGCAAAAUACCCAGGCUACCCACCAGAACACAUUAUAGCUGAGAAGAGAAGAGCAAGAAGACGAUUGCUUCACAAAGAUGGCAGCUGUAAUGUCUACUUCAAGCACAUUUUUGGAGAAUGGGGAAGCUAUGUGGUUGACAUCUUCACCACUCUUGUGGACACUAAGUGGCGCCAUAUGUUUGUGAUAUUUUCUUUAUCUUAUAUUCUCUCAUGGUUGAUAUUUGGCUCUGUCUUUUGGCUCAUAGCCCUUCAUCAUGGCGAUCUAUUAAAUGAUCCAGACAUCACACCUUGUGUUGACAACGUCCAUUCUUUCACAGGGGCCUUUUUGUUCUCCCUUGAGACCCAAACCACCAUAGGAUAUGGUUAUCGCUGUGUUACUGAAGAAUGCUCUGUGGCCGUGCUCAUGGUGAUCCUCCAGUCCAUCUUAAGUUGCAUCAUAAAUACCUUUAUCAUUGGCGCUGCCUUGGCCAAAAUGGCAACUGCUCGAAAGAGAGCCCAAACCAUUCGUUUCAGCUACUUUGCACUUAUAGGCAUGAGGGAUGGGAAGCUGUGCCUCAUGUGGCGCAUUGGUGAUUUUCGGCCAAACCACGUGGUAGAAGGAACAGUUAGAGCCCAACUUCUCCGCUACACAGAAGACAGUGAAGGGAGGAUGACAAUGGCAUUUAAAGACCUCAAAUUAGUCAAUGACCAAAUCAUCCUGGUCACCCCGGUAACUAUUGUCCAUGAAAUUGACCACGAGAGCCCUCUGUAUGCCCUUGACCGCAAAGCAGUAGCCAAAGAUAACUUUGAGAUUUUGGUGACAUUUAUCUAUACUGGUGAUUCCACUGGAACAUCCCACCAAUCUAGAAGCUCCUAUGUUCCCCGAGAAAUUCUCUGGGGCCAUAGGUUUAAUGAUGUCUUGGAAGUUAAGAGGAAGUAUUACAAAGUGAACUGCUUACAGUUUGAAGGAAGUGUGGAAGUAUAUGCCCCCUUUUGCAGUGCCAAGCAAUUGGACUGGAAAGACCAGCAGCUCCACAUAGAAAAGGCACCGCCAGUUCGAGGAUCCUGCACAUCAGACACCAAGGCGAGACGAAGGUCAUUUAGUGCCGUUGCCAUUGUCAGCAGCUGUGAAAAUCCUGAGGAAACCACCACUUCUGCCGCACAUGAGUAUAGGGAAACACCUUAUCAGAAAGCUCUCCUGACUUUAAACAGAAUCUCUGUGGAAUCCCAAAUGUAGUCCUAAAUUGUGAUUAUGAGGGCUACCACUAAAUCAUUUUAUCUUCCAGCCAAUCACCGUAGGCAAGUCGUUGUAAACAUGGCCUUUUUGAAAGUGUUAUAGCUAUGUUUUGUGAUGAUGCUGGGUAAGUAGAGUAAGUUAAACUUGGUAAAAGAUAAUCUAAAAAUUCCAUAGUUCUCGAUUAUUAAAAUUUUUCUUGUUAGCCAAUUUUGUAUUAAGAAUGCUAUUAAGAAGCCUAAUUGAUUGAAAUGUAUCUUUUUUAUUAUCUUAUAUACUUGUAUCUUCAGUUGGAGGUGUAGUAUUCAAAUAUGGGGAUAUGAAGGCAGGAAGGAGGCUAGAAUAAAUAAAAAUGAAAAGACAAGUAAGACAGCAUAAGUAAUACAUUUUUAAAUAUGUCAACAUUGAUAAUACAAUGAAGGUUUGCUUUAAAAAGUAUGAUAUCUAACCAAGAUAGGCAAAAGAUGCAUUCAGUAAGCUGUAAUGUUGAGAAAUGUAACUGUGAAAUCAGCUCACCAGUUCAAGUCACUUGGUUUGCCACUUGGAUGGUCUUCGUUUCAGCGAGCAUAGCUAGUGGCUGUAAGAAAUUGUCCAUGCCACCAAUUCCACUGCCACUUGCCCAGGUAGUGAUCAAUGAGAGCUAGAAGCGAUUUUUUCUCUAACCGAUGAGGCAGAAGAAAAGUUAACAGUAUUUAGAGCAGCAUUUCUCUCUUAAAGUCUCUGGUUGACUCCAACAAAUGGAGACCAGAAAUAAGGCAACCAUAACCUUGCUAGGUUCUCUGAGAAGGGGAGGUUCUAUGUUCAUGUCCCACCUUCUUCCAGGACGUGACCAAAGGACAGGAUCAUAUAGAUGAGGUGAGGGGAUGGUUAGCAGCGAGAAACAUUCUCAGACCCUUGGAGAGAAACUGUUGCUAGCUUGCUAGUGCCGAAAGAU